AUCUGAUAUGGCAAGUUUCUAGAAAAAUUUCACCGUCCAACAUAACCUCCGAUAUCAUAUAUUGAGCAUUAGAUAUACACUCCGAACAUUUUGACGAAUCUCAUCUUACCCCAAAAUACGCAAACAAUCCUUGACGUCAUAUAAUGGUUGUCAUUUACAUACACCAUAUUAUUUUGGAGUCGACCCAUGCAUUAAUUAUUGAUACUUUCACCACUAAACGAGCAACUGACAUUAUACACCAGCAUCUACAUUUACGUAUUCUAAAUCAAUUUCACACAACACGUACAGAAUUAUGGUAUAUAAUGAUUUCCUCAACGAAUUCAACCUCUUUUGCCGAGUGAUACUAUUCUUCUAACUCUUCUAAUACUUCCCGAUCAUGACAACAUCACGUUUUACACCGAAGAUUCCCUCACAACUAAUAGAGAUACUUCAUCACCACCCAGAGCCUAGGCUGGAUUAUACCUUUGUCAGAUACACCCAAUAUCGCCUUUAACUGUGCGUCACGCACGAUUAUUUCCAUCAUCAACAAAUGUAGAAGCUUUAGCAAUAUGUACCGCUUUAGCGACUUGUCCACGAAAUUCAAGUGUCAACAUAUAUACUGACUUGUUUUUCAUCAUCCAGACUAAUUCCUAGACGCGCACUUAAAGUGAUAUGGAAAGC